AUAAUAAUAAUCUAGCCCAAAAUUCUUACUGAGAAUUGGGAGAAACGUGAUGGAAUAUAAUUUUUUCACCUCAGUUUAUAUCACAUUUUGUAUCACUCUGGGUAUGUUGUUUCUCAUAAAAUGGUUCUUAGGACUUCUUCUUGGGGAUGAUGGUGGUGGUAAGCAGCUCCCUCCAUGCCCGCCUGGAAUUCCGAUGAUCGGAAACUUAGUGGGAAUGCUCAUGAACAGACCAACUACCAAGUGGAUAGUUCGUGUGAUGAACGAUAUGAAGACGGAUAUAGCUUGCUUCCGCUUCGGUCGUGUUCAUGUCAUUGCCAUAACGUCUGAUGAGAUUGCCCGUGAAGUCGUCAAGGAAAAAGACUCGGUGUUUGCAGACAGGCCGGACUCUUACUCCGCCGAAUACAUAAGUUGCGGGUACAAGGGGGUGGUGUUCGAUGAGUACGGCGAGAGACAAAUGAAGAUGAAGAAAGUGAUGACGUCCGAGUUAAUGUCCACAAAGGCUUUAGACUUAUUACGCGACGUUAGAAACUUGGAAUCCGACAACCUCCUCGCAUAUGUUCUUAACCUAUACAAGAAAGGUGGGUUAGUGAACGUAAGGGAUAUCGUAUGCACCCACACUCACAGUGUGAAGAUGAGACUCUUGUUUGGUCGAAAGCAUUUCAAGGAAACGACAAAGGAUGGGAGCCUCGGUCCGAUGGAGAAAGAACAUUUUGACGCCAUUUUCAAGGCUCUUGAUUGUUUCUUUAGCUUUUACAUAGCUGAUUACUACUCUUUAUUUAGAGGAUGGAAUCUUCAAGGAGAGGAGGUUGUGUUAAGAGAAGCCGUUGAUGUUAUCGCUAAGUACAACAAAAUGAUUAUUGAUGAGAAGAUAGACUUGUGGAGAAAAAACUGCGAUGCAAACAAGAACGUGCCCAAGGAUUGGCUAGAUAUCCUCUUCACUCUCAAAGAUGAUAAGGGCAAGCCGCUGCUUACGCCCGAAGAAAUCACACAUCUUUCCAUUGAUCUUGAUGUAGUGGGCAUUGAUAAUGCAGUGAAUGUAAUAGAGUGGACAUUAGCGGAAAUGUUGAACCAAAGAGAGAUUCUUGAACAAGCAGUGGAAGAGAUUGAUAGGGUUGUGGGAAAAGAUAGACUUGUUCAAGAAUCAGAUGUACCAAAGCUAAAUUACGUCAAAGCGUGUAUCAGAGAAACUCUUAGACUUCACCCUACCAACCCUUUCCUCGUCCCUCACAUGGCUCGUCAAGACACAACUCUCGCUGGAUAUUUCGUCCCAAAAGGCAGUCAUAUUCUAGUGAGUCGUCCUGGUAUUGGUCGAAACCCUAAAACAUGGGACGAGCCACUCAUCUACAAGCCUGAGCGUCACCUAACCGGUGAUGAAGUGAUGUUGACUGAGCCAGACAUGCGACUCGUUUCAUUUGGAACCGGUAGGCGUGGCUGCGUUGGGACUAAGCUUGGGACCUAUAUGAUUGUUACAUUACUGGGAAGGCUUCUUCAAGGGUUCGACUGGACGCUUCCUCCAAAGACGGGCAAAGUCGAGCUAGUCGAAUCGAAAGAAAACUUAUUCAUGGCUAAACCUCUCUUGGCUUGUGUCGAGCCUAGAUUAGAUCCCAACAUGUAUCCUAAACGUCGGACCAGACUGGCUUGAUCACAACGGUUAACUAUGACCCAUUAGUUGUUUUUCGAAUUUCGUAUUUAUUUUACA